ACAAAGGCCCUUCAUUCGAUCUUUCCUUAAACCAUUUCAAGAUGAAGGCACAAUAUUUGCUUCUCGCAUCAUUUGGACUGCUUGCGACAUUGAGCUGUGUAUCUUCACAAUCUCUUGUUCUGCUUCCCAAUAUUAGUCAUGUCGUGGCACCAAAAAGUGUAGCACCGGGAGAAACAUUUGUUGUGUACGUUCACGUAGAGAACAUUCUUUCGAAGGCAAAACAGUCAGUGUCUGUACACGUGACACAUUCUGCCGGAAGAUUGCUUGCUUCAAGCAAGGAAAGAAAAGUAAUCCCAGGUUCAUUCAACAUGUUUUCACUAACGAUUCCUGAAGAUACUGAUCCGGCUGAAGGUCCGCACAGCAUCGACGUCAAAAUGAUGACGCAUCUGCAUACUUUGGUGACCAGGAGUCUACCACUUACGAUAUCUGGCAAGAACAGAAUCAUCCUCAUUCAGACAAACAAACCUAUCUACAAACCAGGAGAAACGGUUAUGGGAAGAGUGAUUGUUCUUGAUCGUGAGACAAGAUCUGUGACAGGAAGAGUUACCGUCACUAUAGAGAAUCCUAAAUCAUAUACCAUUGGACGUUAUUCCAACAUUGACUUAGAGUUUGGUGUUGGUAAGUUUGAGUUUCCACUGUCUUCUGAACCCGUUCUUGGAACACACACGCUAUGUGCUACAUACGAGGGUCUGCCCAAAAACCAGCGUUCUUGCUUUAAAUUUAAAGUCAAACGUUACGUUUUGCCCAGAUUUUCCUGUUUGGUGGCCCUCACUAAUGAUGUCAUCGAUUGUGCUACAAGAACGCUCUGCUUCACCGUGUCAGCAACAUAUACUUACGGUCAUAAAGUUAGAGGAUAUUUGAAAGCACACCUGGGUUCCAAAGGGCGACGAUGUCGAGACAAAUCUGUUUCAAGGAGCAUGAUCGAUGGAACCACUGCAAUGUGUAUAAAGUUCUGCGCAAGUGGCUGUGGAAGAAAGCUAGACAUCGAUGUCAACGUGACCGAUACGCAGUCUCAAAAAACCGUCCAAUGCGACGGACCGACAAGUAUCACAAGAAGCCACAAACCAAACAAACUGACUUUUAUCAAAGAGGACAAAACAUUCAGCCAGUGCCACUACACCACAGUAAAAGUUGCAGCUUCAAGUUUGACGGGAACUCCAAAGUAUGCAAAUGUAAGCCUGACGGGUACGAUAUACACAAUGGACAGAAGUGGAUGUCAAAAAUCGAACUCUCGAUCGCUGAAAGCUAUUUACCAACAAACAGAUAGGAGUGGAGUAGCAACAUUUAAUGUUUGUACUCCAUGCAACGCUUUGUCUCUCCGUUUUACAGCUGCUGCAAUUAAGAUAAGAGGAGGAAAAAAUCGUUUUGCUAAUACAUACACUUCUCUAAAUAUGAUCUAUGCUCCUGAAAGAAUUGUGUUGUCAAGCAAACAAAAACGAGUAGAGGUCGGUAAUAAAGCAUCUGUUUAUGCAUCUUUUUCCAGCAAAGUAGUUGCAGACUAUUACAUUGUUAGCAAAGGUAAGAUUGUCAGUCAUGAUCAGUGCUUACCUACAAGAGAUGAGAAUAUCAGAAGCAAGCAUCAACAGUUGUGUGAAGACGGAGGCAUGAAGAGAACUUGCUCAUUCGCAUUUCUUGUGACGUCAUCGAUGGCUCCAAAAGUUACUGUCAUUGUUAAUCAGAAGAAUCAAGCAGCUUCACGCAUCACAUUCGAUGUAAUCGCGAACAACAGAUCACAGAUGUCUCUGGAAUUCCAAGAAGAAAAAAUGAGACCUGGCGAGAAAGCCCAUCUACUAAUACAUGCGCCUGUCUCGUCAUAUGUGGGCGUAGUAGCAGUCGAUCAAAGCGUUUACCUUCAGCAAGACAAAAACCAACUAACAACAGCUAAAUUGUAUGAUGAGAUUAGACAGUUUGGUGAGCACAAGCCACUGGCCAUUAAGAAAUACGUUUGUGACUGGUAUGUAUAUUGGAACUGUAAUUGCAACUGUUAUGGGUAUCAAAAAGCACGGAAACCACCUCUUCCAAAACCCAGACCUCUCCCUGCAGUAAACGUAACUGAUACCCCUGGAGUCAAAGGAGACGUAGAAAGAGAGUCACCAAGCAUUGUCAGUCCUCGUAAAUGCUGUGCACGACGUUGCAAGGAUGUCACUUACUCUCCUCGGUAUUGUUCUUACGUCCAAGCAAGCAAUUACUUCCCCGCUACUGGAAUUAGUGUGUCUGACAGUGAUACGACGUCUCCAACUGAAUGCUCGAAACCAACACCUCCACCCAGACCUAAAGUUACAUACGAUUGUUGUUAUCCAACACCUGUAACUUGGUCAGCAGGAUACCUCAGUAUUACAAAUUUAGCAACUCCAAUUAUAUAUCACCCAGUUCCAACCAGCUUUAGAGAAGAAGUAAUUAAUACACCGAACGUUGCCAAUCUUGCAAAUCCAACUCGUGUACGAAAAUACUUUCCCGAGACGUGGCUUUGGUUUGAGAUGGAGAUGAAUAAUCAUACACAGAGGAAGGAGGUUACUGUGCCUGAUACGAUUACGUCUUGGGUUGUGGAUGCUUUCUCUGUUUCACCGUCAACGCACAUGUCAAUAGCAAGACCGACAACUAUAAAAGGAUUCAAACAUUUCUUCAUCACUCUCAAUCUGCCCUAUUCGGUGAUAAGAGGAGAGCUAGUAGAGAUCACUCUCACCGUUUACAACUACUUGGAGACACCACUAACAGCAAGUGUCGAUGUCCUAGUCGACAGCAAUGAUCUGCGAAUAGUGCACGGAAAAGGAAACAAGACAGCGCUAAACCAGGUUUUCAAAACGGUGACUGUUCCUGCAAGCGCAGGUAACUCCCUAUCGUAUUACCUCCUACCUCUCAAGAACGGUCAUCUGCCGAUAAAAGCCACCACCAGAUCGACAGUUGCUGCAGAUAGCCUAAUGCGAAAUCUGUUUGUCGAACCUGAAGGAGUAAAAGAAGAGUAUGCCCAAUCAGCCCUCCUGUGUAUUGAAGAUCCUCCUACUCCCACUCCCCAAAUCGACGACGCGUCCGAUAGCGGUCUCAAGUGCAUCACAAAACGCUUCAAUGCAUCUCUCCCACCAGACUACGUUCCGGACUCAGAAAGCGCAGAUGUUUCAGUAACAGCGAAUUACAUGGGACCAACUAUUAGCGGUCUCGAAAGUCUUUUGAGGUUGCCAACGGGCUGUGGUGAGCAGAACAUGCUCAACUUUGCCCCCGCCGUUUACAUUGCUCACUACCUUGACACAAUCGGGAAGCUUGACGCUGCAACGCGCAAGAAGGCUCUCCACUACAUGCAAACAGGAUACCAGAGAGAGUUGACGUAUCAGCGUCAGGAUGGAUCAUACAGCGCAUUCGGUGAUCGUGAUCGUUGUGGAAGCAUGUGGUUGACAGCGUUUGUGUUGAGAUCGUUUGGUCAAGCGGACGGCCUCAUUGGAAUGUCUAUCGAUAACAAAGUGCAGAAAGAAGCGAUAGACUUCAUCAUAUCGAAACAGAACGACGACGGUUCUUUUCCGCCAGUGUGUGGUCCACUAGACAAGAAGAUGCAAGGAUGCAGCGGUGGUGGUUGUUCUCUCACAGCCUACGUCACACUGGCGCUUCUUGAGGCUGAACUACCAUCAAAGUAUAAAGCGGUAACCGCGGCGAUGAGCUACUUGACAAACAACUGCAUACCGUCCAACUGCGAUAGCCCGUAUAAUCUGGCUUUAGUCGCGUACACGUUGACAAAAGCCUCAGGAUACGACGCGAACGCAGACGCAGCUCUCGAUUCGUUAAGAAAUUGUGCCAAAACCGAUGGCAACCACACUUACUGGCAAUACACACUUUCGCCAACUUGUGAGAACAAGUGGGCGUGGUCCUAUUAUUGCCGAUCGAGCUCUUGUGACGUGGAGACGAGCGCCUAUGCGUUAUUGGCGUUUGCGAACAACGGAAACAUCGCGUAUAGCUUACGAAUUGUUCGCUGGCUACUCGAGCAGCGUAACCCGAGAGGAGGAUUUAAGUCCACACAAGACACUGUGGUGGCACUUCAAGCUCUAUCGGAAUAUGGCGAGUUGACUUUGUCUGACGGACGCGUUUCGACAAUAGUCCAACUUACAGCUAGUGGUCUAGACCAAGAGCUAAUUAUCGAUUCCUCGAAUGCCAUGCAAGUACAAACUGUCCAGCUUCCCGUUCUUCCUACUCCAAUCGAAGUGUCUGUUUGUGGUAGCGGUUGCCUGUUAGCCUCACUCGGUGUCAACUACAAUGUACCCAAAACGGACGAGAUCGCGGCAUUCCACGUGUCUGCUGUCGCCACUAUUCAGAAGAGAGCAUGCAAAUGCAGGGGCGUAGGAAGUAAAUGAAAACCGGUCCGGCCUAGCGCGCGCUAGUGGGCUGGACAAUGUAGCGCACGCUAGUAGAUGGGCGGGACAACUUUAAUUAACGAGAACUAUAAUGACAGCCAUGUCUAAUUCUAAAACUGAUACUUAUUGCUGCUCAUAACCUUAAUCGAACUUUCCAAAAAUCCGAGCCUGUACAGUACCUUCAACUGACGUCUGGAGAACGCAAGGCCGACGCACAAAGUACUGCAUGAGCAGAAAUAUAUUACUUAUUUAAUCGGCUAUACCCUUAAAACGGAAGUUGAUGCCAUUGAGCGUCUGGCAAAAGUGCAUAUUUCAAAAACCGGUCCGGCCAUGGCCGGACCGGUCGGACUGGACGCUACGCCCCUGAAAUACUUAGUCAGAGUCUGCAACAGGUGGAUCGUCAAUGAUUCGGAUAGCUCCAACAUGGCGGUGACCGACGUGACAUUCUUUUCAAGUUUCGCACCAGUGCAAAGCGAGUUAAAGCAGUUGGUGAAAGAAGGACGAUGUAUGAUCAAAAGAACAGACUUUAAAGGUCGAGUUCUCAGCGUUUACUUUGAUGAGGUGCCUAAAAGAAAGUGUUGCUUUAACGUAACGAUGAAGAGGAUUUCAGUGGUCGAAGACCUGCAAGGUGUUCCCGUCAUUACGUACAACUACUACGAGCCCGACCAGAGGGGAGGAACGAUGUUGUACCCACGACAAGAUUGCGAAUGACGCAAAGAAAUGAUACGUGGUGUUGACUAGUUGGAUAUGGUUGAAAACGCAAGAAAUUGCUUUAACAUCAGUUGUUGUUAUAAUUAAGAAGCGCAUCUUGCUAUCCAAUGUGUAUCUUGUAGAUUUAGUUACAUAUCAAAGUGAUAGAUAGGUAGACACACUGGGAAAAGCUAUUAGAGUGAAACUUGAGCUUUAUAACGAUGUAAAUGUAAAACUACAUUUGAAAUCAAA